AUAAAACUCAUUUCUUUGGCUUUCAUGAUAGAUCGUUUCUCAAAAAUGUCCAAGCUCUCCUGCAACAUCUUCUUUGCCAUACUCCUCAUUUUCACAGUUGCCUUGACGAUGCAUCAAGUCCACGGGCAAGAAAUGUGCCAUGGGCAAAUUCCUGGUAAUGGUUCUUGCGAUGCUGGAACUUGCAACGGCCACUGUGCUCAAUCCUUCCCAGGAAGCAUGGGAACUUGCGUUCAAACUUACAUCAACCGUUACAAUUGUCACUGUACCUGGCCUUGCAGCUAGAGAAGAA